UUGGUUACAUGGUUUAUGAUAUGUAAUUGAAACGCAUUUGAAAGAGAAAACAGAAUGUAAAAGUCAGAGAUUCUGUGACAUAAAGUUUAAAUUAUAAUUGCAUUACACCCACAAGAAUAAUAUUACAAAAAAGGAACUACCUAAUUUAACAAAGGUACAAGAAAAACAGCCCAGCCUUUCUUAUAAAGUUAGAUGCAGAAAAUUUCAUUCAUUAAAUGAACUUGAUUGAUUUAGAUUAUUUGCGGGGGCUGGCCUUCAGCAUUAGACGCCUCGUUUUCAUAAUCACAUGUUUGCAGUCCAGAAAAAAUGGCGGAAGAAAAUGAUCCGUCCAGUACGCUAUCCGAGCAUAGUUUUCAUGAAGUUAUAGGUGAAACCGCCAUUUAUUUCAAGAUUUUGAAAAUGAGAGAAUCGAUCUUCCUUUGGAUAGGCGACUGUCCAAAUUUUGACCACCUUGCAGUCUCAACCCCAACAAAAAUGUCUCAUAUUCCAUCAAGUUCUACUAUUCUUGGAGAAGAUAAUGGCAACAUCUAUGGUCCAAUAGCACAACGACUUGCAAAGAGGCUGAAAAAGCAAGUACUUCUAAGUCUCAAUACAGCAGCCAAUGAAGAGACUUUGUAUUUAAUCGAGAAGCGAUUUCUUGAAGAAUUCCAAAGAUACCCAGAAAAGUUUUGAUUACUACUUGAUUGAUGUGGAUUGCAAACACUUCCAAAGUAAACAUCAAUAUAUGAAAGACAGAAAGAAAAGUUCCUGCUGUCAUUGAAGAAGUGGGCAGUUCCUUGUCGUCUUAUAAAAGAAGAAAAGAAUAUAAAGGAGUAAUCUUUGUGCAUUGCUUGUAUGCAGUCAGAAGCAAGGAUAUUUCACGUCAAAAUUAUGCAUGCUGAUCACAAACUGCAGUUUAUUUUGCUAGAAGACAUCCUAAUGCUAGAACAAUUCUUGUCCACGGUUUAAAGCCAAUAAAAGGGAAACAGACCUGUUACUAUUUAACAUCAAUUUAAAACUUACCAUGAUGUAUAAAUGGACCAUGUGUAUCAGUUGACCCCCUCCCCCAAAAAAUAGAAACCCAAAAGUAUAAUUAAAGUACUAAUUAUAAGUAAAGUAACAUAGAAUUCCACAAGAUGUAAAAGUUACACAGACU